CCUAGGGUUUCUCGUGUUUCUCUCUCUCUCUAUAUAUAUAUCACAUUCCAACCACACACUUUCACGCAUUCACGUAUUCCUCAACGACAGCUCGGCGCACAGGCUUAACCUAUUUUUCACUAUAUUCUCCCUUUUAUAACCUUCAACACUCAUCAAUCUGAGGUAUUUGGCUGCUAAAGUUGCGGCAUUUGCAGCAAUCAAAGUGGAGUGCAUUAAGUUCGAAGAUUCUUUUAUGUCUGAACAGGCCUCUCAGUUUUUAUUGGUAAUUGGGUUGCUUGGAGAGUACUGUCCUCCAUCAAAAUAUAAGGAUAGUAAUUCUGCUCACGAACUUGGCUGCAUGCAUCUUGAGCUCGAAGGAUACAACAUACAUUUUCUGGGUUGCCAAUUUAUGCUUCCUUUUCCUUCUGGUAGUAACAUUCACCAUACUGAAGAAAUCCUUGUUGAAGAAAACCAGCUGCUUUCUUUCUGAUUAACUUGAUAGAGAUCGUAUCCUGUUUUUAGGGACAAAAUGGCUUUGCAAAAUAUUGGUGCCGGAAACAAAGAUGAUGCCUUUUACAGGUAUAAGAUGCCUAAAAUGAUAACAAAAAUCGAAGGUCGUGGAAAUGGCAUCAAGACCAAUUUGGUCAACAUGGUUGACAUUGCAAAGGCCCUGGGCAGGCCUGCUGCUUACACAACAAAGUAUUUUGGCAAUGAACUAGGAGCACAAUCCAAGUUUGAUGAGAAAACUGGUACUUCACAUGUGAAUGGAGCUCAUGACACUUCAAAACUUGCUGCACUUCUUGAGAACUUCAUCAAGAAGUAUGUCCAGUGUUAUGGUUGUGGGAAUCCUGAAACUGAAAUCAUCAUCUCAAAAUCACAAAUGAUCAAUCUCAAAUGUGCUGCCUGUGGUUUCAUUUCAGAUGUUGACAUGAGGGACAAGCUCACAACAUUCAUUCUUAAGAACCCUCCCGAGGCAAAGAAAGGAUCAAAGGACAAAAAGGCGAUGAGGAGGGCUGAGAAAGAGCGGCUUAAGGAAGGAGAAGCAGUUGAUGAGGAGCAGAAGAAACUUAAGAAAGAUGCUGCCAAGAAGAAAGGUGUGUCUGGAGGUUCGAAGGAUGUUUCCACCAAAUCGUCUAGCAGGAAGAAAGCCAAUGUUUCUGAUGAGCAGCAUUCUCCGACAGGUAGCCAGGCAGAUGACAAUGAUGUGGAGGCUGGUGAGGACUCUGACGAUGAUGUACAGUGGCAGACUGACACAUCUGCUGAAGCAGCUCGACAAAGUAUUAGAGAGCAGUUGAAUUCUGUCACUGCUAGCAUGGUUAUGAUCUCAACCAAUGAAGAGAAACCAAAAUCGGGUAAAAACUCCCCAGCACGCGAAGAAAAACACAAGAUUAAUGGGAACACGGUUAAAUCUACUAAUGCUCAUGCAGAACUUGUUCAGGAAAUCAGAGAAUUUCUAGAUAAAGGUGCCUCUGCAUCCCAACUUAAGGCUUUCUUGGGUUCUUUAUCUGGCACUGAUCAAGAGGUGUUUGAUGCCUUGUUCGAAGCCUUGUUUAAUGGAUUGGGUAAAGGUUUCUCUAAAGAGGUGGUUAAGAAAAUGAAGUACAUUGCAGCUGCAGAUCAGGGAGAGGACACACAAACAAUUCUACUUCAUGCCAUCGAGUCUUUCUGUGGAAAAGCAAAUGCUGAGGCAGUGAAGGAGGUGGCAUUGGUUCUGAAAGAGUUAUAUGAUAAUGAUAUGUUGGAAGAAGUGUACAUUGUGGAGUGGUAUCAGAAGGGUUUGACUGGUAGCAAUAAGGCUUUCCCUAUCUGGAAGAAUGUCAAGCCAUUCGUGGAGUGGCUACAGAGUGCUGAGUCUGAAACCGAAGAUGAAUGAGCGACUCAGCCCGACAAAUGCUCUAGGAUUCCUCCAUUUCUUUCUAUUACUUCUAUCUUAAGAACUGUUUCAAGCUUGGUUUGUGGUUAACAAUGCUUUUCGCUUAGGUCCAGGUUGUUACGAGUCAUCUCUACUGGCAGUAUUCCAGACUGUGUUUUAAGGCUUUCUUGAUGUUUGUCGAGUCUUGAAAUAACUAGGGAAAUAACAGGUGGGAUUUGUUGCCUGCUGGUUUUUCUUUCCGUCUGUUGUCUUUAUGGAUUUCUAUAAUGACGUGUUGGAAUUAUUUUGAUUAAUUGUUCUUUUUUA